ACUUACCUAAAUACCUUGUUUAUAAAACUAGUGACAUAAUUAUCAUUGAAAGUGAGUACUUGCAAAGUUAUGAUAUUGAAGUGUCAGUGUGAUUAGCAUGCUUAAGUAAUACGUAGUGUCAAGUGUAAUUAUAAGAAGAAAUCAUUUUAUAUACAUUAUGAAUUACUAAGACCAAAUAAAAUAAUAGUAUUAGUGAAGACUCAAUUCGGUAAUCAUCAACCAGCGGACUUCAUACAUCCCUGUACGGCAGACAACAACACAUGCAUACUACAAUCAACUAUAGAUGCCCUCCCUGAGUUCACGAAGGGUCUACCAGACAUGGGAGUGCCGACUCUGGAUCCCUUCACCAUUGAGAAGCUGUCGCUGCCCCUGCCUGGACUCAAGGCUUCCUUGUAUAACGGAAAAAUGACAGGAUUCAGGAAGCUGGUGAUAGACAAUGUUGAAUCAAAUUUCAAAAAACACAAAUUUAUGAUGGAGUUCCACGGAAACUUAUCACUCAAGGGCUCUUACAAGGCGCGCGGGAGAAUUCUGGUGAUGCCCAUCGACGGAGAGGGAGACCUCAAAGUAAAGCUAACUAACUUCAAAAUGAAGGUGACGAUCAACACUGCCGUCGUGCCUGACGACGAGGGAAGGAAGCAUUUCCACGCCAAGGGCUACCAGUACACCAUCGAAUACGGGCAGGCCUCUUUUAAUCUGACGAACCUCUUCAAAGGCAAUCCAGAACUGAGCAACACGGUGUUGACGUUCAUCAAUGAGAACUGGCGGCUGAUAGCCGACGAGUUCGGUAAGCCGAUCAUAGAUUUCGCGACGGAGACCGUCGUGAGAUCCAUCGAGAAGUUCUUCCUCGCCGUCCCGAUCGAGGAGCUCGUCGAGGGGCCUGUACCUUCUUAUGAUUAAAUAGUCAAUUAAAUAAGAUGCUUUUAUUACUAAAAAAAAAACAAUAAUUGCAGAUAUUUUACUUAAAAUAUGUCACCAAAAUUUCACAACACCUUAUCGUAAAAGCUAAUUACUUACACAUUAUUUCAAAGAAUAAAUGGGGACAAACUGAAUGUAGAUAAUAUUAGUAUCGUUCAUAAUGCGGCACCCUC